UUCAGUUUAGUCAGUAAAAAUAUCCUUAGGGCAAAUUUGACCGACAACAGAAUCCAAUUCAAAUUAGCUCCAAAAAUGACUGAAGAUCUAAAGCUAAUCGUGUUGGAAGUGAACAAACUGCUCGAAACGGACUACAACCUGAUAACGUUUGACUCAUUAGCGCCUGAAUCGCUACUGCAGGUUUUGAUCGAGGUUUUUCACGCGUUCGGUGCCAUCGAUAAAUUGGACGUUCGCGAAAAUGAUCCGGAGGAGACCAACCUGCAGGUAAUGGAUGCUUUGCGCAAGAUCCAAUAUCGCCCUCCAGGGGAUAUUGACGAUCCGGGUGCCUUUCGACGGGGUUUGGUCCGCGGGGAAAAGAAAUUGGUUCACCCAAUUCUAAGAUGGACGUUCGACAAUCGGGAGCGAGUUAAAAAAUCCUCCUACUUAGCCAGGUUCCUGAUUCCGUUGGAUCUACCACCGGAAGCGAUGUCCAUGCCUGAUUUGAAUGGUCUCUGGACCCAGUAUUUACAAACAAUGGAUGACUUUAAGGAUGCUCAUCGAUCGUACGAACAAUCUGUGCACGAGGGUGCCCAGACACGGGAACUUCGAAGUGAUAUCGGAGCGAUCGAGACCGAAAUCGAAAACGUCAAAAAGCGUAUCGAACGGACUCAGGCUCGUUUGGAUAAAGUUCCGCAGCAGGAGCUUUUGCUUGAAGCGGCCAAUAGUUUGAGAAUCGAGAAGGAACGUCAAAAAGAGUUGCUCUCACAGAUUGAGGAACAGAAACAAGGUUUUAAUCGAGCUAGUACUAUGCAUGAUCGUUUACAAAAAGAUCUCCAUAAUGCAAAGAUGUCCGUUCAAGGAGCAACUCCGCAGAAUUUGCUGGAAAGUAUAGUUGAAGAAACUCAGGUUCUAGAGUUCAUGGUUCAACAAAAACUACCACAGGAACUGCUUCAGCGCAGAUCUGAGGUUCAAACUUUACAGGAAGUAAUCGACGAACCGCAGAUCACACGCACUGACCUUUUGGACAUGCAAAGCAAAAUUGAUGAGUUGAAUCGUGACAUACAAAAACACGUCGAGAAUCGGAUGACUGAAUAUAACACCCAGAACGAUUCAUUGGGUCCGUUCCGCCAGCAAGCCGCUAUGGUUGCACGAAAUAAAGAAGCAGCAGCAGAACAGCUCGAUCAAAUGACAAAAGAACUUCGCGAAAUGGACAAACAACUACAGGACAAGCAACGAAAAAUGCAGGAAACUGUCGGAGAUGUGAUUCUCCGUGGCGAAGAUCUCAAACAGUUUGUAAACACACUUCGGGCCAAAAGUAAUGUCUACAAGCAACAGCGAGCAGAACUUGCGUCCGUCAAGGCUGAGGUCACUGAUCUCACUCAAACGUUGGAGAAUUUGAAAACCCAAGACCCGUCACUAUCUACCACCUUAUCCCAGGUAACUGAUGAUGAUUCAUCGAUAUCCGGCAGCAUCAGCGCAAGCCGCCCUACUUCGCCAAGCAUUGCGUCGCGUGGAAUGACCGAGCUAACGCGGUUGGUAGAUGGCCUGCAACGAGCUGUCACGGCAGCUAGGGAACGUGUGACACCCCUGUCGCAACAGCUGCGCCCGCUGAGGGAACGGAUGAUCGAGUUGAAGGAUGAAAUGGAUUCUAAAAAACAGUCAUACGAUGCUCUGAUUGCCACGCUGAAUGCCGAGUCCGCCGUGUUGCAAAGCAAGAUCACCGACACAGACAAGUCGAUCAGAACGCUGGAGCAACAGUGGCAGGAGUUGCAACUGGAGCAUGAACGAUCCGAAUUACUCCUGGAAAAAGCUUCCGAGGAAAAUGCUAAUCUGGCAGCGAUCGCCGAAUCCGGAGGGAAGACACGCGUAUCGCUGAAGGAACAACUGGCACAGCAGAUAUUCGAGCAGGAAACGAUCGGUAAGCGGUUGGUGGAUGACAGGAAUUACUUACAGACAAACAUAGCUCAACGACAGCGCCAGCAGGAGAUGUGGGGAGAUUUAAAGAAACUUUUCGAUAUGAAGAUUCGAUGUUUUCACGAGAAAAAGCAGCGUGGACCGGGCGGAACAUUAUCCGUGAGUCAGGGCGGAGCAGAGACAUUUACUUUACAGUGA